AUGGGCAAAGGUGGAGGUACAUUUGAGCGGCUUCUGGACAAAGCUACCAGUCAGCUGUUGCUAGAAACAGACUGGGAGUCCAUCCUGCAGAUCUGUGACCUCAUUCGACAAGGAGACACGCAAGCUAAAUAUGCCAUUGGUGCAAUAAAGAAGAAAUUGAAUGACAAAAAUCCACACGUUGCUCUGUAUGCACUAGAGGUCUUGGAGUCGGUUGUGAAAAACUGUGGCUCUACAAUCCAUGAUGAAGUGGCUUGUAAGCAGACUAUGGAAGAACUCAAGGAACUCUUAAAGAAGCAGACUGAACCAAAUGUAAGGAACAAGAUUCUGUACUUAAUUCAGGCCUGGGCUCAGGCUUUUCGUAAUGAACCGAAAUACAAGGUGGUUCAGGAUACUUAUCAGAUCAUGAAGGUUGAAGGCAAUGUUUUUCCUGAGUUUAAAGAGAGUGAUGCAAUGUUUGCAGCUGAAAGAGCUCCAGAUUGGGUAGAUGCUGAGGAGUGUCACCGGUGCAGAGUUCAAUUUGGUGUUAUGACAAGAAAGCAUCACUGCCGAGCUUGUGGGCAGAUUUUCUGUGGCAAGUGUUCCUCCAAAUACUCCACUAUUCCAAAGUUUGGCAUUGAAAAAGAAGUGCGUGUCUGUGAGCCCUGCUUUGAACUGCUCAACAACCACCCCUCCCUUUCUCCUCUACUUAGAAAAACUGAGGGAAAAUCUCCAUCUUCAAGCACGGCUGAGCUGCCUCCGGAGUAUUUGACCAGCCCACUGUCUCAGCAGUCACAGCAGAUGCCCCCCAAAAGGGAUGAAGCGGCCCUGCAGGAAGAAGAGGAGCUGCAGUUGGCUAUUGCCCUGUCCCAAAGUGAGGCAGAGGAGAAGGAGAGAAUGAGACAUAAGAACUCUUAUUCGAUGUAUCCCAAAGCUGAUCCUACUCCAGUGACUUCCUCAGCACCGCCUGUCAGCACCCUCUACACUGCUCCCAUGACCUCUUCUGCCCCCUCAGCUGAAGAUGUAGACCCUGAGCUGGCUCGUUAUCUAAAUAGAACAUACUGGGAAAAGAAACAGGAGGAAGCCCGCAAGAGUCCUACACCUUCAGCUCCUGCUCCUGUCUCAAUAGCAGAGACCCUCCCACCAAUAUGCCAACCUGUUGAAAGUCAUGUCCCUGUUCAGCCUGUCAACAUUGUCGAGCAACAAUACCAAAAUGGCGAAUCUGAAGAGAAUCAUGAGCAGUUCCUGAAGGCUUUGCAGAAUGCUGUUACAACUUUCCUGAACCGGAUGAAAAGCAACCACAUGAGAGGGCGCAGCAUCACCAACGACAGCGCUGUGUUGUCACUUUUUCAAUCAAUCAACAACAUGCACCCACAGCUCCUGGAUAUUCUCAACCAACUGGAUGAGAAAAGAUUGUACUAUGAAGGACUGCAGGACAAGUUGGCCCAGGUGCGGGAUGCUCGGGCAGCUCUCAACGCACUGCGAGAUGAACACAGGGAGAAGCUGCGACGUGCAGCAGAGGAAGCGGAACGACAGAGGCAGAUCCAGCUCGCACAAAAACUAGAAAUUAUGAGGCAGAAAAAACAGGAGUAUCUGGAAAUGCAAAGACAGUUGGCCAUCCAGCGCCUCCAGGAGCAAGAGAAGGAGAGGCAAAUGCGUCUCGAGCAGCAGAAGCACACCGUCCAGAUGAGGGCGCAGAUGCCGGCUUUUUCUCUGCCCUAUGCACAGAUGCAGUCUUUGCCUCCUAAUGUAGCUGGAGGGGUGGUGUACCAGCCUGGGGCUCCACCUAGUUAUCCAGGCACCUUUAGCCCUGCUGGCUCAGUAGAGGGUUCACCUAUGCACAACAUUUAUAUGAACCAAGCUGGGCAAACUGCACCAACACAAUAUCAGGCAAUGCCUGGUGCAGCACCAGAUCCAAAUAUGGUUAACACGUACAUGUACCCAGGUGCAGGCACCAAUGGACAGCCUGCCCCUCCUCCUGGUCAGGCCCCUCCCACUACCAGUCCCCCAUAUUCCAACUACCAGCCCACACCUACACAGGGUUACCAGAACGUAGCUUCUCAAGCCCAGAGUUUGCCUCAGAUGCCCCAAACGGCUGCGAGUAAUGGUAUGGCUUACAUGAGUUAUCAGCCAUACAACAUGCAAGGCAUGCUUUCAGCGUUGCCAGGUCAGGACCCCAACUUACCACCGCACCAGCAGUACAUGCCAGGCCAGCAGCCCAUGUACCAGCAGGUUCCCCCUCCUGGUGGCCCUCAACAGCAGCAACCCUCAGCUCAGCAGCAGCCCCCGCAGGCUGUACCAGGCAGUGCAGAGGCUCAACUAAUUUCCUUUGACUGA